GCCCCGCCCCCAAAUCGCGCAUUUCGCUCGGCGUCCGUUGAGGGAUUUUAGGAAACGCUCCAUGUGGGACGGUACGUCGCGCGUUACCGUUCCGUCGACCUUGCCCGUUCCGACGGGAUUGAACUUCGUCGAAGAGUAGUUCUCCCAACCGAAAACUCGCCCGAGUCGACGGCCACAGACGGGCGUUCGGACCGAAAACUCUUCCCCGCUGCGAGCACCCGGCGACGACCGCUUCUCCCCGGCCGACAUCUGCGGGAUCCAGCCCCGUUCGCUUGAGCUCGUCGAGGCGGAUCGUGCGACUCGCGGAUUGUCGCGGUUAGCGGCAGUUUACCAGCGGGCCAGCCAGGCUCGUUAGCUUCCACCCAGCGGCAGGCGGAUGCGGCCGGAACUUCGCUAAAAUAAGCGGACGGGCACCCCCCCCACCCGGGGUCAUCUGUUCCGGUUGUCCUGCAACAGGUAGACGGUCUGCAGCCGUAACGAAGCAGAACAAGUACAACGAGAAAUGAAGUGGUGCUUUUGGAAGAGGGUGGCGUCAUGCCGGCGGGGGUGGAGCGCUCCCUCCCGAUAAACAUCGCGUGUACGUCUCUGCUGCACGGAUUGUAAAUCUCCGAACCGAGACCGCUCGCCAGUUGCAGGUGUGUUGCAGUUUGCCUUAACUUUACUCUGAAGUCUACCAUGUUGGAUUGGACAGAACAACGUGACGUGUUAGCUUGGCUCUAAAAGAAGGGUCCAGGCAGUUCGCUUCAAUUUUCUUCCCCCCCUCCUGUCCCGAUGAGCGCUGAAGAUUACACGAGGGAACCCUUUGCGUGUUACUUAGGGGUGUAGUAGUUUGUCCAAAAAAGAAACGAAGAAGAAGACGAAGAAGAAAAAAGUCCUCGUUCGUCAACCAGUGCGUCAAAAUGUCGGCUGUCUCCGCAUCCGAGAAAGUGGACGGUUUUACGAGGAAAUCCAUGAGGAAGGUCCAGAAACAGAGGAAGUCUCAAGGGUCCUCUCAGUUCCGAACUCAGAGCGCCCUUGUCGAGCUCUCGCCGCUACCUCAGCUCAAAGAUGCCCCUUCUGCAGAGCAGCAGGAGCUGUUCACACAGAAGCUCCAGCAGUGCUGCAUGCUCUUUGACUUUAUGGACACCGUCAUGGACCUGAAGAGCAAGGAGAUUAAGAGAGCCACUCUCAAUGAGCUGGUGGACUACGUCUCCACCAACAGGGGGGUGCUAGUGGAGUCUGCAUAUCCGGAGAUCACCAACAUGAUUUGCACCAAUAUAUUCCGGACACUUCCACCAAGUGAGAAUCCUGAUUUUGAUCCAGAGGAGGAUGAACCCACUCUAGAGGCUUCAUGGCCUCACAUACAACUGGUCUAUGAAUUCCUCCUUCGAUUUUUGGAGAACCCAGACUUUCAGCCGAGCAUUGCAAAGCGCUUCGUUGAUCAAAGGUUUGUCCUUCAGCUCCUGGAACUGUUUGACAGUGAGGACCCGAGGGAGAGGGACUUCCUCAAGACUAUCUUGCAUCGAAUUUACGGAAAGUUCCUGGGACUGAGGGCCUUUAUUAGGAAGCAGAUCAACAACAUUUUCCUGCGGUUUAUCUAUGAGACGGAUCGUUUCAAUGGAGUGGCUGAGCUACUUGAGAUCCUGGGAAGUAUCAUCAACGGAUUUGCGUUACCUCUGAAGGCAGAGCACAAGCAGUUCCUGAUGAAGGUGCUCAUCCCCCUGCACACAGCGAAAGGACUGGCCCUGUUUCACGCACAGUUGGGCUAUUGUGUUGUCCAGUUCUUGGAGAAGGACCCAACCCUCACUGAGCCGGUGAUCCGGGGGCUGUUAAAGUUUUGGCCUAAAAUCUGUAGCCAGAAAGAGGUGAUGUUUCUGGGUGAGAUUGAGGAAAUUUUAGAUGUUAUAGAGCCUACACAGUUCAAGAAAAUUGAGGAGCCAUUGUUCAAGCAGAUCUCUAGAUGUGUGGCCAAUCCCCACUUUCAGGUAGCAGAACGAGCACUGUACUUCUGGAACAAUGAAUACAUUCUCAGCCUGAUAGAGGAGAACAUUGACAAGAUCCUUCCCAUUAUGUUCAACAGCUUGUACCAAAUCUCCAAAGAGCACUGGAAUCCGACGAUCGUAGCACUGGUCUAUAAUGUGCUCAAGACGCUGAUGGAGAUGAACAGCACGCUGUUUGACGAACUGACAGCCUCUUAUAAAGCAGACAGACAGAGGGAGAAGAGGAAGGAGCAGGAGAGGGAGGAGCUGUGGAAGAAGUUGGACGAACUGAAGCUCAGCAACACCGAUCUGAUACAGAACAACAACAGCUGCGGACUAAAGAAUGCCCACAGCAACAACAACAACAACAACAACAACGACGACGGUAACGACAGUCCUCACGACAGCCAGGAAAAGGAUGCUGCCCUCGUCGUCACCACGGACAGCAAAGACCCCGUCGUGACCCCGGGCAGCAGCGAGAGCGCCCCAGGAGCUGAUUGACACAAGACUUGAGUUUAAAGAUGCUCCGACGGUUUGACGUUGUGUAAAGACUUCCAGUGAAGAGAAGGAGAGGUGGCGCGAAGGAGUUUUAUGGACGUGGUUAGAACACAAGCUAAACCUCAUCAGUAUGUUGAAUUUAUUUGGUUACAGUGGAUGUAAAAAGUGUUCACACACUGUAACUAAGAUGCCAGCAGUUCUUGGGCAGAAAACAUAUUUCAACUUAAGACUAUUUUUUGGGUGUUAAUGUGUCUUCAGUAUAUGGGUGUUUUUUUUUUUUUUUGUCUGAUCAAAAAUGUAUCCUUUCACCUUUAGUUUCUUAAUGAAAAUGAUUAUGCGGUAUACAUUGUAUAAUAUAUGGGAGGGGAGAGAAUAUUGACUUGAAGUUAGUGUGUCCAGUUGUGCUGCACUUAGAGAGGCUAAAUUGCUGUAUUAAGAUUUUUUUUUCUGUCGUCUGUAUUUUCCUUAAUGCUGCCAAUAUUAACCUUAAGAAAAAAGGGGUGGAUGGGACCAGACCCAUAGAUGGACAUGUAUUUUUACUUUAUUUUUUUCCAAGUGUACAGCGGGGUUGCAUUCAGGAACAGAGAAAAGCCAGAAAGGCGACCAUCUCCCAUUGGAAACUGAGAGGAGCUACAUGUCCAAAUGAAAAGUCAAAGUAUUUCUGUAAGGCUUGAAAACUGCAGCCCUGGUUUAGCUCGUUUGGCCAUUGAUGGCUCUGGAGAGAACCACAGAAGUAAACUUUGGUUAUUGUCUCCUUCGGAGAACUUAAGGUAUAUCAUGAGGUCUUGUGGUGUUUUCUGUUAUUUGAUAUUUCUUAUCUGGAUAUAUGCAUAAAGCUCAACUUUAUAGAUGUUAUACAAGACCUGCAGCCAUUUUAUUUAGACGGAAGAAUGGAAAUGAUCUUUGAGGAAACGUAUUUUUUCCAGCCUGAGUAGUAUUGCUUUUUAAAAACAGAUACAAACUAAAGAGCCAUACAUUUCCCCCCAGAAUACUGAGGCAGGAGCUUGUGUACUGUGUGGUGUCAGGGUCAGCUGUUCAGAUAGAAUAUGGUGGCAUGUAACGUGUCCAUGAAUGUGUUUGAGUGUCUGAGUCCUAAAGGGGCAUACCACUUGGAAAAAAGUGUGCGUGUAUGUGUGUGUGUGUGUGUGUGUGUGUAUAUAUAUAUAUAUAUAUAUAUAUAUAUAUAUAUAUAUAUAUAUAUAUGUGCUACACAUUGGUGGUGGUUGAAGUGAGUUACCCCCUUCAAUUUGAAGC